AUGAAAGAUAAAUUUAAUGAAGUUGAACAUGUGGAAGUUGACUUUGUUAAAGGAAAAGCAACUGAAUUUGUUCAAAGCGAACAUAUUGAAGUUGAACUCGUAGAAGGUGAAGUUGUGGAAGACGAAACUCAGGAAAGUGAUGAUAUAGAAAUUGAUCAAGGCUCUAUAAGUUUUGAAAGCAAUGCCAAAACUAAUACACCUGUUCUUGGAUUGGAAUUUGAAGGUCUAGAUCUUACUAAACAUCAUAUAAAUCAACCUAUAGAGCUAUUAGUUGGAGCACGAUUUAAUUCCUGGGCAAUUGCAGAACAUUAUGUAAAGGAAGUUGAACAUCAUAAGUCUUAUUCAACUACAUUAAAUGAUCGUGUUAAAAAAAGAACAUAUGUAUGUGAGAAAGCUGGCAAGUAUAAACCUAACAAAACAAAGCUAUUAGAACAGCAGCGCAAUAAAGGAUCAAAAAAAACAGAUUGUAAAUGUCAUGUUAAUUUGAGUAAUCCAGAAGCCAGCAACUUUGUGCAUAUAACUUUUGUGGAUCUUGAGUAUAACCAUAUUCUCGAUGCAGAUAAUAUAAGAUUUGCUAUAGCAUUUCAAAAAUUUGAUGAGUUUAUAAUGGAUGAAAAAAUUGAACGAGCACAGGCAUUUUUAAGUGAUGAAACUCAGGAAAGUUAUGAAUGGGUUUUACAACAAACCUUAGAUGCGACUAGUUUUGAACCACAGAUUAUAAUGACCGAUAUGGAUCCUGCAAUGGAUACAGCAUGCCAACUUAAGGCCAAACUUGGAAGUACAAAUUUUAAAGAAUUUGUCUGUGACUUUUGGAAAGCACAGAAUUCUUUAAGUAUUGAAGUCUUUGAGCGACAAUUUCAAUCUUUACUAGAAAAGUAUCCAAGUGCCAACAAAUAUUUGACUGGCAUGCAGUCUACUUCACGUGUCGAAUCUAUUAAUGCAAUUAUUCACAAAGCAGUUACUUCUAGUUCCAGUAUGUCAGAAGUAGUUCAAGCUUUGGAACUUCGUAUGCAGAAGGAAGAAUUAAAUAAAA